UGACGAUCAUCGGACAUUGGCACACGCCCUGGUGAAAGCCAAAUGUUCAAGAAUGAUGGUCUGCCCAUCUCGUCAGCUCUUGCCUGCCUCCUCUUGUCUCCAGACAGGUCCCUGGAAACGUAUUCAGUCGGAAAAUGGCAUUGUCAGCAACUCGAGGUAUGGCGCUUCCUCUAUUCUCGACAAUCUUGCUUUUGACUACGGCAAACGCUCAAUUUGGUGGUUUCGGCGGCGGCAACGGCAACGGAAGCCCACCGUGGGCCAACGGGAAUGAUGGUGGCGACGACAACGACAAUGGCGGCUCCUCGUCCACUGCAGGCUCCGGUUACAUCCAAGGUGGCGUCUUCGACUCACAGGCUGAGUACAACAAAGCCAAUCGCAUACUCAUCACUCACGCCGUCCUAGCCUCACUGGUGUGGGUCAUCUUCAUCCCAUCACUUGCAAUUCUUCUUCGACUAAACAUCAAGAACCCUAUCGUCUUGCGAAUCCACGCAUUCGGCCAGGUCCUCAGCUACUUAAUUCUCAUUGUCGCAGCUGGAAUGGGAGUUUGGCUUGCGCAGCAGUUCGAGGACUACGGUGUUUGGAACAACCCUCAUCCUCGUCUGGGCCUGGCAAUCCUUGCUCUUGCCUUCUUCCAACCCAUUUUCGGCUUCGUUCAUCAUCGCCUCUACAAAAAGCGCGCGCGGAAUGUAGAAGCUGGCAGACCAACCAAGCCGCCAGGCCGGACACCAAUUGGCCGAGCUCACCUCUGGCUCGGCCGCAUACUCAUCGUUUUGGCCAUAAUCAAUGGCGGCCUGGGCAUUAGGUUGGCGUCGAAUAGCCCGUUCCAAACCGAAUCACAGACCCGAACCGCUGGCAUUGCAUACGGUGUGGUCGCUGCAAUCAUGACCCUGUUGUAUAUCGUAUUCGUGAUUGCAUUUGAGAUCCGACGAGCACGUCACCUUACUCAGGAGCAGAAGAACAGAGACGAGGCCACGGCCACGAAAAGCACUUUGCCAACCUACGACGAGAGUGAAGAGUCGGUGGGGAGGAGUAGUCGAUAUCGCUGAGGAGAGAACAUGCAGUGGUAACGGUCCGGCUUGUUACGGAUACCGAUGCAGAGGCGUAUAUUAUCUGCAGGCUUUUUGUAUGUAAAUGACGAUUAUGAUCGAGAUGAAAACUACCAUUAUGAAC